CACUUCAAUCAUCCGUCCGUUUUUAUUAUCUAAAUUGUAUCUUUUCAACAAAUAUAUCUUUGUACAUAUCUAUUGGAUAUUGAAAAGUAAUUUAAUCAUUUAAUCAAGUUGUGUUCCCUUUCAAGAAUUUCAAACGGAAGUAAUACAUGCCCAUUGUUCAGCAUCUUGCAAUAUAAGAUAAUAAUGGUAAUAAUGCAGGAAAGUAAACCUAUUUUUCGUCAAGGAUUAAAUAUACAAUAAAUACAAGUGAUUGUAAUAAAAUAAAAAAUCUGUACAACAUUUUGAGAUCUUUUAAUACAAAUAAAAUGGCGAAAGUCAAUGCUUCAAUGACGAGAGAGGAUCUAAGCACUGCUUUCACAAUGCAUGUACUUCCGGUGACUGUGUUUAUUUCCAUAGAAGCAUUUAUUGGGUUUUUCGGAAAUAUUACAAUUUUGUUAGUUUACUCCAGACGAUACAGACGGAUAAACUUCCGGUACUUUGUAUUGGCGCUGGCUAUUGUGGACCUAACAAGCUGCUGCACUACACUUCCGGGUGAAGUGAUUUCCCAGUUAAACUGGUACGACUAUCAAUAUGGAUGGAUAUGCAAAGUGAAAACAUUUCUCAACAUUUACACUGCUUUGGGCUCAGCAUCUGUCUUGCUGGUUUUGGCAAUUGACAGAUACAGAAAGAUUUGCCAUCCGUUUGAUUGGCAAAUCCGUUGCCCUGUUGCUCUCAGACUUUGUGGAGGUUGCUUGAUGGUAUCAGCGCUAGUGUCCAUCCCUGCUCUCAUUCUUUAUGGUAAGCUGACGAACAGUUUCGAGCACGAGGGGAAUAAUAUUACCGUCUCAGUUUGUGAAAUAGCGGGGGAGUAUGCUGGCACAAUUUAUCCACUGCUUUAUAUCUGUAGCAUUUAUAUCGUGCCUUUGACUUUAAUAAUACUCGCGGCCAUGUCUUUGAAUUUUAUAACGGCAUGGCGGCUAUUUGGACAUCGCUCAGUGAAAGCUGCAAGCAUUAAACAUCAUACGAUGAAAGCGUUUGUCGCUAGAACAUUGACAUCAGAAACAUCUGGUGUUGAGACAGACAAUGAUAGAGAAACAAAAGCUACGAGUAGCGACAUGUCUGGGAUAGAUGCAGAACUAAGGACUGAAAACUCUAGAAAUGCAGAUUCGAAUUUCUACAUGUCGGAAGAAAGACAAGAUAAUCAGUCCUCUAAAUUCAAAGAAAAGCCAUCAAAUGAAGGUUAUAUUGCUGAUGUUGAAAAUAAAUGUGAAAAUUCUUCUAUUGAUUAUUUCAGUAACGACGAAGAAUUUAUUGAUGAUAAUUACAGCGGAAAUGAACAAAUUGGGAACAGCUCGAGUGAUCAAACAUCUUCUGACCAGGACAGACGUAUAUCCCGUCGGAGCAGACGAUCAAGAACUCAAACGUCAAAGUUCCAGCUGAAGAGUAAGACGAUGAUAAUGCUAAUCUUGACGUCAAUAUUUGUCGUCACGAUGGUUCUGUAUAUAAUUCUCACUGGUCUCGUAGUUAAACCUGAUGGCAUUUUGAGAGAUUUGCCUGAUUCGCAGCUGGUGGCGUUCUUCUUCUUCUGGCGUUUAUACUUCGUUAACUCCGUCGUAAAUCCGUUCUUGUACGGAUUUUUGGACCCCGGAUUUCGUUCAGGAAUUAUGUCUUACAUGCGUAGAAACAAGUAUUCUGUUACGAGCUCAACGUAACUGCUGUUUUCUUGUACAUGACCGGUACAAAGGUGUUGUCCUUAUUUUACUGGAAUUUGUUCUUUGUCAGUUUACGAGAUGAAAAAAAACUUUAAGUAGAUGAUAGAUGUAGUAAAUGUACUCCAGGUUUCAUUCUAUGUUAAUGUCGCACGUACGGAGACAUAAGCAAUCUAUUAC